AUCCCAUCCCGAGAACUGAUAAAAAUAUCGCCGCUAAUGGAAACCCUAGCAAGCAAAGUCGAUCGUCUCAACUUGUCUCCGAUGGACAGUUCCAGGAUCAGGAUCAUUGGGCUGGCAUUGGACGACCCUCGUACUCUUCCACUCAAAACAAAAAUCCGUAACGUUGGGAGGAUUAUUGUUAAGGGGUAUGACGCCAAGCUUCCACAUGACGAUGUUGAAAGCGCUUUGAGAAAACUUUUCUCAUCAUGUGGAGAGAUCAAUGAUAUUUUUAUUAGCGAAACUGAAGAUCGUCUAUACAGUGAUGCUACGAUUUAUUUCAUCGGAGAAGGUGCAGCAGAAAAGGCGUUGCAACUUAGUGGAAGUGACGUUGGAGGAUGGAAGGCCAUUGUUACGCCUUAUCCUUUUCCGGAAGCUGCAGGCCGUUCCCUUAUCGUUUGUGUUACUGGAUAUGACACCUCCCUUAGUAAGAUUAAAAUCGAGAGGGCAUUGCGUCAACAUUUCUCUUCAUGUGGACGGUUGCGUGACUUCGACAUUUCCAAGAAGUUUGCUUCAGCUGAAUUUGGUAUUGUCGGAGAAGAUGCGCAAGACAAGGUGAUGGAGCUUGAUGGAAGCGACAUGGGUGGACGCGAAUUACAUGUUCAGGUUAUUUCUGGGGCAGUAACUGCUGUCCACACGAGGCGUUAUCGUAGCAUACCUAACAAGAGGGCUUGUAAGGUGCAACGCUGUUAAGUAUAUGAUACAAUGGAGGAGCCUUUCUAUCUAUUACGUUCUAUGCUUUCUUAUCUGGAUGUUGUAUUUCUUGUUAAUAUUUCUGAAAACACGAGCAUUUUCCAAUACAUAGAAUCAACUCUUAAUCGA